AUGGAGCAGGACGGAAGCCUGUUCCUGUCGCACGUGGACAUAGUCUCCAAGUUGGCCGCCUGCGAUUGCAUCUCGUCUACGCAGCCGGACGCAGACGAGAUUGGCUCCAACAAGUACUCAGGUGUGGCCUUGCAGCUACCGUCCGAGCCAAAGCAGCUUGCAUUGGCCGCGCACAGCACCGGUGCUUUGACGAAGGGCAAAGUGGCUAUAGCUUCUUUGCAGCAGUUGGGACUAAAUCCACUGGCUGCGGUUGAGGUUUUCUUCACCGAGCUGCAGCCAUUCCAGGCAGCUGAGAUCGCCAGAAGGUUUUUUGGUGACGACUUCUCCGUUGUGGCAGCACCUGAUGAAGGAGAAGAUUGGCGCUUGCUGCCCGAAGUCCCCCUGUCACCCACCGCGCCGCCUCUCAUCGUGGCUGGCCUGCCUGUGUCCAGAGCCGCCGAAGCCGUAAAGCAGCUCCAGGAUGCUGGGCACACCUUGCUUUACGUUGGCGCAGCUGAGAGUGAGGUGAAAGCUGUUGAAGCAGCGAGUAUUCCCAGCGCUUUCGGGCUGUGUGGGUGCCAGGCCGUACAAUCAGCUGCUGAUGUCGUGCUGCUCAGCGAUUUCGUCGGCAGCCUGGCUUUCGCCAAGUGGCGCUGCAGCAUGGCAGUGACAUCGCCAGAGAAAUACGAAGUUCAGCUGCAAAUAGAGUUUAGGGUUGAGGAGUUUGGUCAGCACACUUUUUUGUGUGUGACUGACUCCCAGUAA